AGUUCUUCAUAGACGGGCUGGGGGUGCUGCACGUGGGCUCGUGCGAGGACGUGGUGGUGGACCACGCGUCCAAGCUGGCGCUGCCGUGGGCUCUCCAUGCGAGCCCAGCCCCGAUGGCCGCGGUCCCGAGCGCCGCGGGCGAGCGCCGGCCGGAGGAUGCGGGACCGGGAUCGGGACCGGGACCGGGACCGGGACCGGGAUCCGCCCCGUCCAGCGGCGCCACCUCGGACGACGAGAUCGCCACGAGCGACAGCGGCGACAGCUGCGACAGCGGCGGCAGCACCGGCGGCAGCGGGCCCUCCGGCCCCCCCGGGAAGGAGCCGGGGGUCCCACCCGGCCCUGCUGCUGGGAGCAAGGGAGGGGCACCUGGGGAUCUGCCCGAGCACCUGGAGCACCCCCACCUGCCCGUAUGA